AUGGGAGGAAGUAGUAGCAGUAGUACUUCGUCCGGCUCCACUAUUGGAACUACUGCAGUUUUCAAUAUAGCCGUUUUCGUAAUUUUCGUAACAGCUUUUCUGAUUUUGCGACCAAGACACAAAAAUGUUUAUCAACCACGAGUUAUAGCCAAGACGGUGCCUGAUUCAAGCAGACCACGACCUUUGGCUACUGGAAAUUUUGUAUGGUUUAGAGAUUUGCUUUCUAGACCAGAUUCUGAAAUUCUCCGUGAUGCUGGCUUGGAUGGCUACUUCUUUUUGAGAUAUUUGCGAUUAAUCUUUUUCAUUUGUCUUGUUGGCAUUAUUUUGGUAUAUCCAGUACUGCUUGCUGUUAAUGCCACUGGUGGUGGUACCCCUCAAGGUGUCUCAAACUCUGGCUUCGAUAUCUUAUCUUUUGUUAAUGUCAGAAAUAAGAACAGAUAUUUUGCCCAUGUCUUCAUUGGAUAUUUGUUCUUUGGUUUCAUUCUUUUCUCACUGUAUCGUGAAUUGCAGUACUAUGUUGCUGUCCGCCAAUCUGUUUUGACUUCACCAGCUUACUCAAACUUGGUCUCUUCGAGAACUAUUCUCCUUACCACUCUCCCUGAUGAAUACAUGAAUUCGUCUAAGCUUGCCAAUCUUUUUGAAGGUGUCAAGUUUGUUUUUAUCAACAAGAAUGCUAAAGAUCUUGCUAAAAAGGUCAAGCAACGUGGUAAGCUGGCUGGUAAUAUUGAAAGUGCUGAAGUUUCUUUGCUCAAGAAGGCCGUCUCCAACCGUCUCAAAUCUGAGAAGAAAGGGGCCAGUCCAAUUGAGGGUGAAGACAUCGACGUAUAUGUUCCUCAGAAGAAGCGUCCUACUCGUCGUCUCAAGCCGAUAAUUGGUAAGAAGGUUGAUACAAUUGACCACGAUUCCCAGGAACUGCAGGAGGUCAAUACUGAAAUUGAACAACUUCAAUCCAAAUAUACCUCGCUCCCCAGUCUCAAUUCUGCUUUUAUCACUUUCCACACUCAGGAACAAGCUGAAUUGGGCUAUCAAUCAUUGGCUCAUCAACAGGCUCUUCACAUGGCUCCCAGAUAUAUCGGUAUCACCCCUGACGAUGUUAUCUGGUCUAACUUGCGACUCAAGUGGUGGGAGAGGCUCAUCAAGGAGCUCGGUACCACUGCUAUUAUUUGUGCCCUUAUCAUUUUCUGGUCCAUUCCUGUUGCAUUCGUUGGUGCUCUUUCAAAUAUCAAAGCCCUGGAAAAAAAGCUGCCUUGGUUGGAUUUCUUGAAUAACCUCCCCAAGCCUUUAAUGGGUCUUGUUACUGGUCUUUUGCCUACCAUUUUACUUGCUGUUUUGAUGAUGCUGUUACCCAUCUUUAUCCGUUUGAUGGGUAAGCUUGCCGGUAAUCCCUCUAAAUCUAGAGUUGAGUAUUAUACUCAAAACGCUUACUUUGGAUUCCAAGUUGUUCAAGUAUUCCUCGUUACAACCAUCGCUUCCGGUGCAAGUGCUGUGGUGGUUCAGAUCAUUGAGGAUCCUAGUUCUGCUAUGAGUUUGUUGGCCACAAAUUUGCCUAAAGCGUCAAACUUCUACAUUGCCUAUUUCAUGCUUCAGGGUUUCACUGCAUGUGGUAGCAUGCUUUUGCAAAUUGUGUCGCUCAUUCUCUUCUAUGUUCUUGGAUUUAUUUUGGACGGUACUCCUCGUAAGAAGUGGAACAGAAACAAUGUUAUCGGCAGUCUAGGAUGGGGUACUGUUUUCCCAGUUUAUACUAACUUGGCUGUUAUUACAAUUACCUAUUCUAUCAUUUCGCCGUUGUUGUUAGCUUUUUCUGGUAUUACCUUUGGUUUGAUUUACUUGGCCUAUUUGCACAAUUUGAUGUUUGUCAAGAGUCCUUCUGAUGGUCGUGGUAUUUACUAUGCUCGUGCCAUUCUGCAAACUUUUACGGGUCUCUACAUUGCUGAAGUUUGUUUGCUUGGUCUCUUCUUGCUUGCUAAGUCUUGGGGACCACUUGUGUUACAGGCUAUUUUCCUCGGCUUCACGGUUUUCGUUAACUUGUCGUUGAAAAGUGCAUUUAGCCCAUUGCUCUUCCAAUUGCCUAGAAGUUUACUUAGAGCUGAGGCCAGAGAUGAUAACAGAAAGUAUUCGCGCAGCAGUGCUGGCAGUGUUAUCCCCAGCCCUGAUACUUCAUUUGAGAAGAACCACAAUGAUGCACACCCUUCAAGUUAUCCUUUGACCAAUGAGCCCAGCAAUGCGCCAAUUGUUAACCAAUCUCAGGUUGAAGCUGGUCGUACAAAGUAUGGCCCCAUUCCUAGUGGCGGUACAAUUGCUCGAUUCUUCAAGCCUCACCUUUAUCUUACACCCGAGGUUCUUAACCAAGAGUUGUUGAAUGCCCCUGUUUUCCACGAACCUCAGGCUCCUUUGUCUGAUGAGGAAGAGUCUGUGGCUUAUAAUCACCCUGCUGCGAAUGCACCCAACCCCGUCGUAUGGAUCCCUCGUGAUCCUUGGGGAUUGUCUGCUGCACAAGUCCAAAGCUUGCGUGAGCGGGAUGUUAAUGUAUCCGACGACGGUACUUGGUUUGAUAUUGACGAAACCAAGAAGAAGAGUAAAUUUGGUUUUACUUCAUCUAUUAGUGAGGUUCCUAUCUGGACUCAACCUCCUAAUUAUUAA